GAAGUUGUAGGAUCAGCGCAAUCGCAAAGCAAGAAUAGCAUAAGCGCUUCAUCUCAUCUUCAAAAAUCUAAAUCAGAAUAUCAAAAAGAAAAUGGUUGUCGUCGGCGCACUUCCCGCUCCUCCUUCCUCUUCGCCUAAUUAUGGAGGUUCAUCUUCACUUUCACACCCUAGAAGCACAGGGAGUCUGCCACCUGCCGCCAGCGGGACGAACAACACUCGCGGUACUAUAUUCAGCAAAUUUAAGGAACUAGCCAGACUCCACUGCAAGGAUUUACGGGUUUUGUUUCUUUCCUGCUUUCCCUGUGGACCGAAGCGUAGGCGCUAUCAUCAAUUGGUGAACGAAGAGGAAGAAGCAGUUCGGUCGAAGGAGACGCAGUAUGCAGCUGAUAGAGUGGGAGAUCUCUGCGUCUAUGUAGCGCUCGGGGGCAUUAUAGUACUGUUUGUGAAAUUACUGUUUGUCGUGGACGAACCUGUAGUUGUGGCAGAUGGGCAUGGACGAGGAGGUUCAUCGAGUCGUGCUGGUGGAACAUCAGAGAGUGGAUCUUCAGUUAAGGAUUUUCAUUCUGUGACUCCUCAAAAAAAAAGCUUCGUCAUGAAGAAUAUUUCUGUGGCUUCUAAUCCUCGUUCCGGCAGCAACCCUGACCACGUCCGUGUCGACGCACCAGAUAGGCUGGACCCAACGAGACAGGACAAUUGGAAGAUGUUCGAUUUUGAUCGGGACGCGCCCAUCUUAUUAAUGAUCACACUCCUCGAGUUGCUUUUCUGUGGUGCCAGUUGCAAGUCCGCUGCAGCUAUGUAUCGGACGAGAGAACAUGCAUUACGACAUCCAGGGAAGAGGACUACUACAAAUAGUAGAUUAGGAGGUUUCGAUUCCUCGGAGGGUGCUUCUGAAAGUUUUAGUCCGCGGGUAUUGGGACUGAACUUCAACAAGUCGGGCUCUCCGACUGGUACAACAAGGACCAACGAUCACGUGAUAGAAGACGACGAUGAGGUAAUCGCUAAAGCAGCUCCGGUUGGUGCUUCUCCAGCGACGUCGCCUCCACCUGGCUAUAAAAAUAGUGGGACUAGUACUAUAAAGCAAGAAUUGGAACUACAGAUGAGUAAUAUGAAGGACCACAUUGAGGGUCGUAAAAAUGCACAACAUCUUGCGGUUGUAAGCGGCCCAAGCAGCCCAGAGGCAAAAGCAGAACGAUUAGCUGAUAUCUUUUCGGCUAGUCUACCUUUAACUACAGUAGAUGAUAUGAAGAACCUGCGGGACAGCAACUCAACGACAUCAACGUCUUGUUUCGAAGUCUUCUUAGAAAGGGCAAGUCUGGACGAUAUAUGGGGCAUUGCCUAUCGACCCUCAUGUGACGGAUUAGAGUGCCUCUUAGUAGAUGCGGUGUACCCAGAAUCUCCAGCGGCGACAUGGUAUUUAUUAAGAGGGAUUUCCUUCCUCGUGGGAUGAAAAAUACACAUGAUUCAGAUUUUUGAUGGUAAAGGUAAUCGUAGCACAGACUCAGCAGGAACCUGUGAAGCUCGUUCUCGUUACCAUGCGCCUUACAACUCCGAUUGAAGGAGCCCAUCCUCUAUCCACCUACUCGAAAGCUGAAAAUAACCGAGUUACUGACUGAAAUAAGGGAGGUAAGUAGGUUUGACAGGGCUACUAUUCCUUAUUCAGGCUCAACUGUGCUUAUUUCAAGUUGUUACUCGGUUAUAAUUUCAGUUUUUCGAAAUACUUACUCCCACCAGGAACGCCGCGAACAUUUUCCAGCCUCAAGACACUUUGCAGUUUCUCACUAGACGCGCGAACGGAGAUGUCACUCUAGCCAGUGACCUGGCUAUCUUGGCCAUCAACGACGUCCACGCAGACGUGGCUCUGAUGCAGGUGGAACUCCUUCGUUGCUUAUCCGUCACACUCUAUUGUCGAGACUGUGUGUCGACCGAGUUGGAACAAAUGCAGCAGAACCAGAAUAUUGGUAGUCCUGUAAGGCGCCCACCUGAUAGUGCUGCGCAGAAUGGAACAACAGGACCGCAAUUUCAAUCACAGAACAUCAUACAGAGGAACACCUCCAUCACUAGUGCUAGACCAGCAAACGCCUCACCAGCAGACGACGAUACCUCGGAUAUGGAGGACAUAUCUCUGCCUGCAGUGGUAAUAUUAAGGCGCAGCUUUCAAUGGUCACCAUUUAGAUUGGAGUCACUGAGAUCGAAGAAGCGACCGCUUUAGAGAACAGGGGAAAAGGAAGGGAAAGGGGAGAGCUUUGAAGGGGGUCGCCUCCGUUCAGCAUCAUGAUGACCAUUGAGUGCUGAGCUUUAAUAACAGGCGUAGACCACCUGGAUAUCGUAGAUGAACCAACAGAUCACGACGCUCAAGAAACUUCUGCCAGACCUAGGUAUCAGUGGAACAAGAAGGUGGCCUGUGUCGCUCUAGAAGACGAAGAUUUGGUCCUACUGCAUCGCUGGGUCAUUUGUGGGAUGAUUUUCGGCUGGGUCACUCUGGCUGCAGUACUGCUGGUAAAUCCAGGUGCCGAGCGACCUCGACAGCGGCUAUUUCGCGAGCAUUUGCUGAGGAUUUCGAAAAAAUGCAUCCUGCCUCUCUGGAUUGGACUUUGGUUUUUGGAUUGCUUCGAGAUCUUCCUCCACUAUCGACUUUAUCCACCAUACGUAUAUUUUGUGGGGACGCACGUUUUGUUGGCGUCCAUAGUAGUGGUGGCAGCCAUGAGACUGCAACAAGCAGACGAAGAAACGAUUGUAGAGCAGAGGAAAGCUAGACAUGCGGAACAAUCGAGUCCUGCGCGUGGAGGUGGUGAUGUUAUAGGACCACUAGUUGUAGAGCAGAAUACCACAGCAUCAACAUCUGCAGAGGAGAAUAUAGGCAGCAAAUACUCACCUCCUUCACCAAUCACCCAUUCCUUCCCAGAAGAGGGCUCCUUCGCAGUUGUCAUCUUCCGUGAUGGAAUCUUGUACGACUCUGUCAUCGGUGGCCGCAUAGCAGAUAAGAGCCAGGUGCUUGCUGGUGUUAGAGAGACUUUGGUGGAAGCGUAUGUAGAACAAUUAGAUGAGGAUGCAACUGGACGAGCUUCUGAAUCGACAGCAUCGAGAACAAGACGAGGCCGCUUCACUCUCUUUCCCGAACUAGUCGAUGGACAGAAAAUGUGGCGAGAACCUGCAACUGGGAAUCUCUUUGCGGAUGACGCCGAGGGAACGAUUCAGAGACUGGUAAAAGCAGAACGAGUAGGCUCGCCUGAGUCUAUUGCUCCUCCUCAGACUUUCUCUGCACUCCCUGGUGACCAGGAUUUAAACUACAUAGCAGAGGAGCCUGCACCGAUCAUGCUGAGAGAGCUACUAGUGGCUAAUCCAGUGGCUAUAGUUUGGGUUGGCAUGUUCUUGUCGAGUACUCUUGUCCUCGCGCAAUUGCUGUACCCUUUGAAGACGAAACGCGGACGACUCGCGCAGACCUACAUCGCGGUUAUCUUUGGGUUGCUGUUUUUUAUGAAGCGGCCACUCGCACUUUGUAAUUCUAAUUCUAAUGAUCACGACUAACCAGGAGUUGGAGCAGUGAGUCUACUGAAGAUCGUUUUUCGUCCUUGUUUAUUUGCGUAAACGAAGCUGAACCAAUUAUACCAAAUUCUGUCGUCCGCCCUCAGCAAUUACCUCAACAACAUUCAUCUUACAGAUUGACAACCAACCUCUCUUCAAUUAUCAAUCUUAUGAAUGCUCUAACUCCUUUUUCCAACUCGCUGCUUUGGUUGUCGUUUUCCGCAUGAAAUUCGAGAAUAUGCCUACCACGUACCUGCACGCUCUAGUCCUCCUCUUCUCCUACCCGUGUUUGAUCACUUGGUGCAUUUGCUUGUGCUGCUCUACGCAAUACGCCAAAGCCGAUGCGCAGUUGGUCAUCGAACAGAGGCGGCAGCUGGUCCGCGAUAAGCUAACGCACUCUGCGCCAUUGAGAUUGGUCCAUGAUGUAAAUUUUGUGGAUUCUUUGUUGUGGAAUACGGAAAGCCAGAAUCGGGAGGGCUAUUAUUCGUGCUAUGCAUGAGUGCUUGUAGUUCUAGACACAACGGAUCAUCUUUAAAUCCGGAUCGCAUCUUAGACAACUACUUGUACACUUCUUUACACAUACUUUUACUUUUACACCAUGAAACAAGUUGUCCAACCAUUCAAUACGAAUUCCGCUUCGUGUCCGCC